AUGAGUCUGAGUCUACGCAAAGCCGUGAUCGGGCUUACCUGGCUUCCCGUGGCAUACACCGUGUUAAACCACGGCGUGCUGCCAUGCCGUAUCACGGGCCGACUGAUGCUGCCGACGUUUAAUCCGGGGACGCUGACCACGGCCGAAGACGUGGUGCUAGUGACCAAAUUCGGCGCCAAAACCGCUUCAAACAUUCAUAGAGGAGACGUUAUCAUGUUUAGACUGCCUCGAGACCCGGAAAAGAUCCUCACCAAACGGGUGGUGGCGGUGGCGGGCGAUACCGUGUACCCUAAACAGCCGUACCCAAAACAGAAGGCGGGCGUCCCCAGAAACCACGUGUGGGUCGAGGGGGAUAACUAUUUCCAUCUGAUUGACUCUAACACGUUUGGCCCAAUAAGUUUAGGGUUGGUGACGGGGAAAGUGGUGGCAGUAGUGUGGCCGCCGCUGCGAUGGGGGGCCGACCUCCUGACGGGAGGAAGGAACCCAAUGGAUCCCCUUACUGUCUGA